AUGUCCCAGAUAGGAACCCCACUCUCUUUUCCUCAAACAUCUGUCGUAGCCGUGGGGCCAACGACUCCUACUAGUGUAAUGUACAACAAUCAAACUAUGAUAGUGGACGAACAAGUGAGCGGUGCCAUCGAUCAAGUUAUUCCAGCGCAAUCUCAAAACGUUGCUGGCAUCGUCCCGCAGUUACAAAACAUUGUCGCUACUGUUAAUCUUGGUUGUAAGCUUGACCUCAAGACUAUCGCGCUUCAUGCUAGAAAUGCUGAAUACAAUCCAAAGCGCUUCGCCGCAGUCAUCAUGAGAAUUCGUGAACCAAAAACAACUGCCCUAAUUUUCGCUUCUGGCAAGAUGGUCGUUACCGGAGCGAAAUCUGAAGACGAUUCUAAAUUAGCAAGUCGUAAAUACGCUCGAAUUAUUCAAAAACUUGGUUUCAAUGCAAGAUUCACUGAUUUCAAAAUCCAGAAUAUUGUUGGUUCAUGCGAUGUCAAGUUCCCAAUUCGUCUGGAAGGUCUCGCUUAUUCUCAUGGACAUUUUAGUAGUUAUGAACCUGAGUUGUUCCCUGGCUUGAUUUACAGAAUGGUAAAACCAAAAAUUGUCUUGUUAAUCUUUGUGUCGGGAAAAAUCGUUCUUACUGGUGCUAAGCACAUUUAUGUAAGCAAUAUUGAUCAAGCCAUGGCUUUUAAAUUGGUUUGUCCUUUUGAGUUUGAUCGUUGA